UAGUGCACUGUGUUUAUUGAUAUCAUGCUAAAAUACAAACGCAGCACUCAACAAGCUUUUUUCACUCACUAUAAUAUCCAAUUAAAACUCGUCAACGAAAAAUGUCGAAAAUAAUAGAAAUCCCAGUGCAUACACAAAAGUUGCUGACCAUCUUCAGAACCAUUAUUCCCAAAUUGACUAAUGGCAAGUAUAAAGGUCAAUAUGGUCGUAUUGGCGUCAUCGGCGGCUCCCUGGAGUACACUGGAGCCCCUUAUUUUGCGGCCAUAUCUGCGAUCAAAGUGGGCGCUGAUUUGUCGCAUGUUUUUUGUCAUGCGGAAGCGGCGCCAGUUAUCAAAUCCUAUAGCCCCGAUCUAAUUGUUCAUCCGAUUUUGGAUCGCGAAGAUGCCGUGGAGCAAAUUAAACCUUGGAUCGAUCGAUUGCAUGUUGUUGUCGUUGGUCCCGGUUUAGGACGCGAUUUAGGUGUCUUGAAAACCGCCGCACAUGUGAUUAAAUUGUGUCUCGCAAUGGGCAAACCGCUCAUUGUAGAUGCUGAUGGAUUGUUCAUAUUGAACAAUAAUAUUGAGCUAAUUUGUGGACAACGUAACGUCAUAUUGACGCCAAAUGCCAUCGAGUUUCAACGUUUAUUUGGCCAAGACGCUACUGCGGCUCGAGAAAAGAUGUUACGGCUUGGCAAUGGUGUUGUCAUCCUCGAGAAAGGUGCCAACGACAAGAUUCAUAUACCACACACGAGUGAAGUGUAUACGAUGCCAGUUGGCGGUUCUGGGCGUCGUUGUGGUGGACAGGGAGACUUGCUAAGCGGCUCAUUGGCCACGUUCUUUUAUUGGUCACUGCAGUCGAAUCAACCCAACCCCGCUUAUUUGGCUGCUUGUGCCUCCAGUUAUUUUCUAAAGAAACUUAAUUUGGCAGCAUUUCAAAAGCUCGGUCGCAGCAUGGUAGCAAGUGAUAUGAUUAAUGAGAUAUCGUCCGUGUUUAAAGUGGAAUUUGAAAAUACUUCGUAAUUCACAAAAUGUGCUAUUUCUCUUUAUAAAUGGACUGCAUUUUAAAAGUCCUUGCAAACGUGCCAAAAUCGGAUUUUUAUAGCCUUUGAUCUCCGUAUAUAGAAAAAUGCAUUAAUUACGCGAUUGCUCAAGUUACAGGGUAUUGCAAAAAUGUGCCCUAUUUUUCAAUUUAUUGAUUGUUAUUUUUCGUAAAGAAUUAAAACUAUACUCCUUAGCAUCCUUUUAA